AUGAAUUUCAACAUAACUUCGAAUGAAAAGUUUCAACGAUUGGAAUUGUUAAACAGAAGCGCUGGUUUAGUUGUCUUUGAAUCGUUCAUAAUGAUUGUGAUAACUUGUUUUGCGUUUGUUGGUAACGUUUUGUGCUGCAUUGUUAUCUUCAAGACGCCUUCCCUAAUAAGGAACAAGACGAACAUUUACAUCACAGCUCUGGCGCUAUCUGAUACCUUGACUGCCAUCUUUGUUAUGCCCUUGUCAAUUGGUGUACUUGUGCAAGGAAAAUGGUCUUAUGGCAACAUUUUAUGUCAUUUCCAAGGCUUCACUUUUCUCUUUACCGCUUUUAUCACACCUCAAACCAUGUCGCUCAUUGCUUUGAACAGAUAUUUCUGUGUUGUCAGACCUUCACAGUACAGAAAGUGGUUUCAAAGAAGGUACUGUAUAGCAAUGCUAGCUUGUGUUUGGCUGAAUUCAUUCGUGAUGGCUUUAUUACCACUAGUUGGCCAAUUUGGCAUCUUCAUCUUCAGGGGAGAUAGAUCUAUUUGCUGGAUUACUAUUCUAGAUGUUGUAACAAAUAUUACAUACACCGUCCCAAUCUUGUGCCUCAUCUUCAUAUUGCCUUUUGGUAUCAUGAUCGUGUGCUAUGCAAAGAUCUUUCGUUCAAUGCGUUGCCAUGUUAGACACCUUUUGACUUUCCAUCAGACCAGUGGCCCCAGGAAUGUUUCCGUGAGAGAAAUCAAAAUCACGAAGCAGUUAUUUGUACUUGUUGCUGGAUUCGGUAUUUGCUGGAUUCCUGCCAUGGUUAUUGAUACAAUUGACCAGUUUUUCGUUCUGUCCCGAAGCGUCUUUAUGACUUACAUUUAUCUUAUUUAUAUUUCCAGUUCCAUUAACCCUGUCAUUUAUGGGGUAAUGAAUCAAUCGUUCAGAAUAGCCUUUCUAAAUACUUUUUCCUGUACAAAUAUACGUGUACAUCCAACAAGCAAAAAUCCCAGGCAACGGGACGGUGAUGUCAAUUAAAGACAUGUAGUAACUAUGGUGAAAAGUACA